CAGCUUUUUUGAGAUGCUGCAAGGACUUGUAUCUUCGACGACAAGUCCAACGCUUUGGAAAUCUUGUACCUUGCAUUCAUAUAUCUUUUUCCUGGUAUUAUUUGAUCCAACUGAGCCGCGAAUACGUCAAAACCACACCGAUAUCAUUGAAAUAACCACUGGGUCUUCGUAAGAGCAAGAGCAACAAGUGCUUGGCAACCCGAUCGUCUGUGCGCCCCUGGUGGGAAUGCUUAGCAUCUGCCGUAUGAUCCCCCAGAACCUUCCCCGCAUAAAAGGUCACUACUAGAUCACUGGGCGGGACCAAGAAAGAUUUCUUUCACGUGAGUUGGUAUGUAUCUUGGCUUUUAGUAUGCUUGAGAAGCAACAAAAACAAGCUGAAUUUCCAGUAUAUCUCAACGCGCGACGCGUCUUGCUCGCGUCAAGGCAGCUUAAUCACCUGAGAUCCAGGCUAUCAAUGAAGAACAUUAUUUCUGGCGUAUUUUGAGCCUCAAAUAAUGCCCACGGCUUUAGAUAAUGAGUUGGAAAGCUUGAGGAAGCGAGCUGAGCACCUCAGGGCUGAGGUGAAGCUGCGCGCAUCAACGCUACUCCUGAAUCCUGUGGCUGCAACCCAACUUUUGGAUGAGCAACCAGCGCAAGCAGCAGCACCGGCGCUACUGUUGCCGACGCCGCCGUCCAAAUCCAGGAGUAAAUCCUCGUCCAACGCGCCACUCGGUCCCAAGCAGCGCGACCUACUGAAAAAACGUCGCGCCAAGCAGGCCGCCCAUGACCAGCGCAACACCUACCGCACAUGCGCUGGCAUCACCACGUUCAAGGUCCGCGACCCGGAUCCGGCGGCCGUGGACGGCGGCGCCGUGCUCGGCGUGCGCAUCGAGGUCAUGCGCAGUGGCCGGUUCAUGCGCCCCUUUUACGUCCUCCUCAACCGGCCGUGGGACAAGGACGCCGCCGCCAAGAGGUACCUGCGUGUCCACCGUCACACCCUGCCCGCCGCCAUACCGCUGGCCGGGCUUGCUGCUCGUUACCUACCUGCCCCACGGUCCGCUUCUUCCGGCAAGCGGCCCAGGCAGGACCUGGGGGCCUUCGUCCGUCGGCUGAGGAGGGAGCUUGUGCGCUACCACCAACGUCUCGGCGCUGUUGCCGACCUACGCGCUGUUGUUGGCUUGGACGACAGGUCCAAGGCUCCUGUCGGCACCCCGGCAGAUGAGCCGCCAGAGGCCGUCGUCAUGAAGUCGAUAGAAGACGAUCGUGAGUCUAGGGCGAGGCAGCGGCGGGCGGUGGCUGGCAUCGUGGACAUUGAGCCGGUCGACACGGCAGCGACGCAGUUCAGGUUCGAUUGGCGCGACGGUCGCGUCGGACGGCUCGUCAUCGGCCCCGGUGGCGAGGUGCUUCAGUCGGUUGUGGUUCUGCCAGACGGAGGUCGCGAUCGCGUCACUCAGCAAGACGUCUUUGGCGAUUGUGCGAGGAUCGAGGACGUCGUUACCAAGCUGCGCGGGCCACUUGGUGGUACCUAGAGGCUUGCAUCCAGCGUUGUUUCUACGUCGCCGAGAGGAUAGUCAGGGCAGAGGCCCACAGACUAUGCUGGGCAGCAGUGGUUCGCGUUCGUUCAGCAUCCAUACACUGAAUUUCCAACGCUUGCUGCUUACAAGGCGCUCACAACGGUCAGUGGCCGGUUAAAAUGCUAUCCCAGGGUGCCAGGGCGGUCACGGGCAGUACACGGCUGCCAAAAGUCAGUCUACCAACGACGAGCCUGAGCCAGGCCCCGCUCCGGCCUAUGACGACUCCAUCAUUCAUAUCGCUUCAUGCUCGGCCCGGUUUAGUUGUGCAACACAAUAAUUGCUAACAUGAGGCGAACUCCGACCAUACAAUAUAUCACCCCACUGAUAGAUAGAACCAUGUUAUGGUUGGGCUACAAGCGAGUGCAUGACAACCAAGGAAAACAGGGCACCUUUGUGACAAGUGGCGAACAUGCUCAAAACCUGUUUUCGUUUCCUUUACAGGCGUGUUUGGCGCACGAAGCAAAGCUUAAUUGGCCCGGCUGUCACCAUGCCGCACUACAAGACAAAAUGAAGAGCCAGCAACUCCAUUUCCUAGUAACCCAAGGAUCUGGGCGAGCCUCGCACGCUAUCUUCGCCUCGGCCCCAGCCUACCGGCAGAUGCAAUGCACUACCACCAAAAUCCCCCACAGCGGGCUGGGUGGAUGGCGUGUUUUGUGUACGGGUGCAACCCCAAAACGUCAGCUCACGGCCGCGCCGAGUACUAUGCUGUUGUCCUCCCUCGAAAUGACUCAGGUUUUGGCCUCCGGGGGCGCCCACAGAUAUCUGAGAGUGGCAUGCCACAAUGGGUGACCCGGAAAGAAAAACAUCAUGGGAGACUUUGAAAGGGGUCAGACAGAGAGAUAAAUCUGGGUAGCACAUGGAAGAGAAAUAACAUCCGUUCAAAGGCACGUGUCGGUCACAAAUCGCGAUCUUGAGUUCUUUUCUCCAUUCAUGUGACGUUUCUGACGCGUAAACAAGCACAAUAUCUCUCUUUACGUGAUAUAUUCUCGUUCGGCAUUUUCAUGUUUCUUUUAUUCUCUUGAUCCUGCAACAUACGAGGCUAGUGGACGUAAACUGGAUGCGAGCAUACUAGGCCUAGAACAGCUCAUAAUGUAAUUGCGCCUUGGGGGUGAUGUGCAGGCAGGGGUUGCAGCUUUGCGUAGGCUUGCAUCCGAGGGGUCAAGGUUCUUAUGGAUCGACGCAAUCCCUCUUGCAUCAACCGGCUUCAUGGUCUCGUUGGGCGUCGUCGGUUCUGAUGGUGUACUAUAGAAAAAGAAAACGGUCCGAGCGGGGUCUUGGAAAUGCUGAUCCUGGAAAGGCAUGAUUGCUUUUGUUUUCUUUUUUGCUUUUGCUUCCGAUUUCAUACUCGU